AUGAGGGAAUUUGGUGGACCACAACACAAGCAGUUGCAUAAACCUCUUUCCCCUCCUUCAAUCUCAAUCUCCGCCACGCCACCACAAAUGUCUCGGCAGGCCGCCGCCCGCCCCGCGGUAGCGCGCUCCGUGCGCCGCCCCUCCUCCCCCUCCCGCAAAAGGCCCUCCUCCUCCUCUUCCUCCAGCAGCAGCAACGACUCCUUCGACGUGCUGGUGGACGACCCGAUGGAGGAGCAGAUCGAGGCGGAGAUCGUGUCCCACCUCUUCCGCGGCGCCGCCCCGGAGGCGUACCGCCAGGCGGUCGCGCAGCAGGAGGCGCUGCGGGCGAAGAAGGCGGCGCUGCAGCGCGAGGUGGCGGAGAGCCGGGCGCAGGUGCGGCGGCUCAGGGCGUACACGGACCUGCUCAAGACCGACGUGUCCGGUUACACGGAGGCGCAGGUGGGGGAGUACCAGCCGGAGCUCCAACGCCGGAGCAAAGAGUGCUUCGGUAAAUAA